AUGGUGAACAUAAAUUGCACUACAGCUACCCCUGAAUUUGUUUUCUUGGGAUUGACAGCUUCCAAGGAGGUGCAGAUCACCCUAUUUGAGCUGUUCCUAAUGAUUUACCUGGUCACCCUGGUGGGGAAUCUCGGGAUGGUAGCCUUGAUCCAUGCUGAUGCCCACCUUCAGACUCCCAUGUACUCCUUCCUACAGAGCUUGUCCAUCGUUGACAGCUUUUAUUCAACAGUUAUCACUCCAAAGCUGUUGGCGGACCUCUUAGCAAGGAAAGCCACCAUUACCUAUGUAGGUUGCAUUCUUCAAUACUACGCUUUCAUCUUUUUUGCGACCUCAGAGUGCCUCCUGCUUGCUGUGAUGGCAUAUGACCAUUACGUUGCCGUCUGCAACCCCUUGCUCUAUGCAGUGAUCAUGUCCCCGAAAAGGUGCGUACAGCUGUUGACAGUAACAUUCAUAUGGGGUUUCAUGACCUCUUCAGUACACACCGGUUACUUGCUCAGAUUGUCUUUCUGUGACUCCAACGUCAUCAACCAUUUCUUCUGUGAUAUCACUGCUUUGCUGGAACUUUCUUCCACAAACAUCAAUGAACUAUGUGUUUUCGUAUUGGGUACCUUUGCUGAAAUGAGCAGCAUUGUCACAAUCAUUAUUUCCUAUGCUUUCAUUGUGAUUACUGUGCUAAGGAUAAAGUCUGCUGAGGGAAAGAAAAAAGCCUUCUCCACUUGUACAUCCCACCUCACAAUAGUCACAGUCUUCCAUGGCACAGUUCUCUUCAUGUAUUUCCGACCUAGAUCUAGUUACUCCCUGGGUACAGACAAAGUGGCUUCAGUCUUCUAUACUGUGGUCAUUCCCAUGCUCAAUCCCCUUAUCUAUAGCCUGAGAAACAGGGAGGUUAAGGAUGCCCUGAGGAGAGUGGCACAGAGAAGGCUAUUAUUACAUUAA